AUUCCAAAAAAAGAAAAAAGAAAAAAGAGUGAAAACACAAAGGGAGGGAUAUAGGGAAAAAUAGCAACAAAAAGCAGCAGCACAAGGUCUACGCAGCCUACAGCAUAUGAGCUUGAGAAGUCAACCGACAGGGUUUCUUCUGGGAUCUGAGCAGAAUAUCUAAACUUAUCAGAGCAGAGAGAGCUUGACUGCACAAAAUCUGAUCUGGGUUCUGCUCCAUCGCCCUCAAUUUGAAGAUCUUGAUUGAUGCUGCAGAAUGGGAGGGUGUUUUAGCAAGAGCAAGUCUAGGCAAGGUGAUGUUAAUGGGUAUAGGCAGGGAAGAGGAGUGGCUACUGGGUAUCAACCUGUGACUGAAAGCCAUCAAAAGGCAUCCUCAACCCAUGCCCAAACCUAUACCCAACCUGAAAGGUCUUAUAAUCCACAGCCCAAUCCCCAGUCCUAUGCUCCAAUCCAUGUCCCUGCAAAACCCUCAGUGGCUUCAGUGCCCCAACCCAUUAGGCCUGUUCAGAGACCUGAGCCAAAUAACAUAUUGGGGAAGCCUUUUGAGGACAUUAAGGCACACUACAGUCUUGGGAAAGAACUGGGGAGGGGCCAAUUUGGGGUGACUUACCUGUGUACUGAGAUUUCCACCCGGCGGCCUUAUGCUUGCAAGUCGAUUCUGAAGAGGAAGCUUGUGAGCAAGAAUGAUAAGGAGGAUAUCAAGAGGGAGAUUCAGAUUAUGCAGCACAUGAGCGGGCAGCCUAACAUUGUGGAGUUCAAGGGUGCCUUUGAGGAUAGGCAGUCGGUGCACCUUGUCAUGGAGCUUUGCGCUGGCGGGGAGCUGUUUGAUCGGAUUAUUGCGCGUGGGCAUUAUUCCGAGAGGGCUGCCGCUGAUUUGAUUAGACAGAUUGUGAAUGUGGUUCACAUUUGCCAUUUCAUGGGCGUUAUGCAUAGGGAUCUCAAGCCCGAGAAUUUCCUUCUGAGCAGCAAGGAUGAGAAUGCCAUGCUGAAGGCGACCGACUUUGGACUCUCUGUGUUCAUCGAAGAAGGAAAAGUUUAUCGCGACAUAGUGGGCAGUGCAUAUUAUGUUGCUCCUGAGGUAUUGCGUCGUAGUUAUGGGAAGGAAGCUGAUGUCUGGAGUGCGGGUGUAAUUUUAUAUAUUCUUCUGAGUGGUGUACCUCCAUUUUGGGCUGAAACGGAGAAGGGAAUAUUUGAUUGUGUACUAAAAGGGGAAAUUGAUUUUGAAAGUGAUCCAUGGCCAUCAAUAUCAAAUGGUGCAAAGGACCUAGUCCGGAGAAUGCUUACGCUGGAUCCAAGAAAGAGAAUUUCUUCUGCUAGCGUUCUUGAGCACCCAUGGCUUCGAGAGGGUGGCGAGGCUUCAGACAAGCCAAUUGACAGUGCCGUACUUUCGAGGAUGAAGCAGUUUAGGGCAAUGAACAAGCUCAAGCAACUUGCAUUGAAGGUCAUUGCUGAAAACUUGUCUGAAGAAGAAAUUAAAGGUCUUAAAGCGAUGUUUGCAAACAUGGAUACGGACAAUAGUGGUACUAUUACCUAUGAAGAAUUGAAAUCUGGACUGACUCGGCUUGGAUCAAAACUGACUGAAGCUGAAGUCAAGCAACUUAUGGAAGCUGCUGAUGUGGAUGGAAAUGGAACAAUUGACUACAUCGAGUUCAUUACUGCAACAAUGCACAGACAUAGGCUUGAAAGAGACGAGCAUCUUUACAAAGCAUUUCAGCAUUUUGACACAGACCACAGUGGAUUCAUUACAAGAGAUGAACUCAAAAGUGCUAUGAUGGAGUAUGGUAUGGGCGAUGAGGCAACUAUCAAAGAUAUCAUUGAUGAGGUGGACACAGAUAAUGAUGGAAGGAUCAAUUAUUCGGAGUUUUGUGCAAUGAUGAGAAGCGGAACCCAACCACAACAAAAGCUUUUUUAAUGCAUUGCAAGCAAGAUGAAUUUAUUAUGGAGCCACCUGUAUUGUGAGCGGGAUUUCAUAUAUAACAUACAUGGAAGUUUACAAUCUGCAUGUUUUUUGUUCAUCACUUGACCUUCAUAGGUGACUUAAGAAGGAAACCGGUGUACCCCGAGGCACUUUGGUGUAAAUCUCUUUGAGUUUAUAUGUAGUGUGUGUGCAUAUGUCCUAGCUUCGUUCUCGCGCUAUAACUUUCUUAAUAUGUAACUUGAUCUGUAACAAUUUUACCGGUAGAAUAAGUUUAUGUCUAAGGAUUUCUUGUUUGGAUAUGGUGAUCAAUGGUUGAGAAUAAUGGAAUAGAGAAUCUUCUGCAUAUUUUGAAA